AUGGGAGAGUGGACCAUUUUGGAAAGGCUGCUGGAAGCUGCGGUGCAACAGCAUUCGACGAUGAUAGGGAGGAUCCUGCUGACGGUGGUGGUGAUCUUCCGCAUCCUGAUCGUGGCCAUCGUGGGGGAGACGGUGUACGAGGACGAGCAGAGCAUGUUCAUGUGCAACACGCUGCAGCCGGGGUGCAACCAGGCCUGCUACGACAAGGCCUUCCCCAUCUCGCACAUCCGCUACUGGGUCUUCCAGAUCAUCCUGGUGUGCACGCCCAGCCUCUGCUUCAUCACCUACUCCGUGCACCAGUCGGCCAAGCAGCGCGACCGGCGGUACUCCUUCCUCUACCCGCUGCUGGAGAAGGACUGCGCCCGCGACGGCAGGAAGGUGAAGAACGUCAACGGCAUCUUGGUGCAGAACCCGGACGGCUCCUCCAAGGAGGAGCCGGACUGCCUGGAGGUGAAGGAGAUCCCCAGCACCCCCCCGCGCCCCCCCAAGAGCUCCAAGGUCAAGCGCCAGGAGGGCAUCUCCCGCUUCUACAUCAUUCAGGUGGUUUUCCGCAAUGCCUUGGAGAUUGGCUUCCUGGCAGGACAGUACUUCCUGUACGGGUUCAACGUGCCGGCCAUCUUCGAAUGUGACCGCUACCCGUGCGUCAAGGAGGUGGAGUGCUACGUGUCCCGGCCCACCGAGAAGACGGUCUUUCUGGUCUUCAUGUUCGCGGUGAGCGGGAUCUGCGUCGUCCUCAACCUGGCCGAGCUCAACCACCUUGGCUGGCGCAAGAUCAAGACGGCCAUCCGGGGGGUGCAGGCCAGGCGGAAAUCUAUCUGCGAGGUACGCAAGAAGGACCUCUCCUCGCUGGCUCAAGUGCCUACGCUCGGACGGACACAGUCGAGCGAGUCUGCCUACGUGUGA